CCACCAGCACCAACAAUCACUACCUUAGCAUCUAAUAGUUUCACUUGUCCUUUAACUCCGAUACUCGGAACUAUAAUUUGCCGAUUAUAUCGCUUAAUUUGCUGCUUUGUUAACUGACUCAUGACUUUUUAGCGAAUUUAUGAAACUUGUUUUGAAAAUGUAGCUUAAUAAUACACUUUGUUCGUUCGUCCGGAGAAAAACUUUAACCAGCUCCUUUUUAUUAGCUCCGUUACUAUCGAUUUAUCGCAGUAUAUUCUGCUAUUUAAUUCGCCUUAACUUGCUAAUCAAAUACUGAUCGCUGCGUCAAAAAUGCGCUGAAGUUCCUCUAUCAAUAACUAGAGGACUUUUGUAAUUUGUUUGGUUCAUGCAUGUCACAUGCGACUGUUUACAUGAUAUUCGUACCCCUUAAAAUUUGAAUUCUGACCGUUAAUCACAUGUGAUGGAUUGAAACUAGUUUCUUGACCUUACAGCCGGUUCCUCUUCUAAGCACGUGAUUAUAAAAAGCCGGUAGAUAAGUCAAUAAAAGUUAAAAGCUAUUAAAAUUAACUCUUUUUGCAGACCAAAUCAAAACAAAUUUUUUGCGUUAGGCUUAAUAAUAAUAAUCACUGUCUAUGUGUGUGGCAGAUAAUGAUCAAUGUCAUUACCAAAAUAAUAAUAGCAGGUGUAUGGGUAUAACUCGAUAUAAGGAAGUUAUUCAGUUGUUAUUGACUCAUUUUAAAGUUUAUCGUAGUUUGUUCCUUCAACUAUCAACAGCAUCAGAUAUGGACAAUCCAAUCAUCAUUAUCGGCUCUGGCUUAAGUGGAUUUGCAGCUGCACGUAGACUAAUGGACAAUGAUAUUAAUAAUAUAGUCAUCCUAGAAGCUGAAAACAGAAUUGGUGGGCGAAUUAACUCAGUACGCUUUAGUGAUGGAAUCAUUGAUUUAGGUGCUCAAUGGGUUCAUGGACAAAAAAAUAACUUAAUUUACGAAAUGACAAGGAAUAAUUUUGACUUUGGUACGACACCUUUUGAGGAAAUGUAUUCAACUUUUGUGUUAACAAAUGGAACUAAAACUGAUCAAAAGGAUAUAAGGAAAAUUGUUGAUGUAGCUUAUAAAAUAAUUGAUGACAUUGAUGAUUUGGAAGAUCCACAAGGAUCGAUAGGAGAAACAUUUAACAAAAAGUUUGACAAAGCGCUUAAAAGCUCAAAGCUUAAGAACAUUGAACCCAGCGUCAUUGAGUUAAUGAAAGAAAAUAUUGAAAGGAACUACAAUGGCUAUACGGCAUCAAAUUCAUGGUACGAUCUGUCUGCUAAGAAGAAUUCUGAGGAGGGCAAAGCUUCAGGCAAUCAGUACUUGACAUGGAAGAAGCAGGGAUUUAAGACGUUCUUUAACUUUUUAACGAAAAAGGCACCGAACCCCGCACAAUACCUAAACAUAGAAAGCAAAGUUCAAUUGAACAAAAAAGUAACAAACAUCAAGUACAAUACCAAAGAUGAAACUAGCAAUGUUGCUGUAACUUGCUCUGAUGGAUCAUCAUAUUCAGCAAAGCAUGUCAUUUUUACUCCUAGUCUUGGUGUUCUGAAAAAAUAUCACGAAAGUCUCUUCUCACCUGCUUUGCCUCAACAGAAAAUUUUGGCAAUAAAAAAUUAUGGAUUUGGAACUGUUGGAAAGGUUUUCUUAGAGUUUGAACAUCCAUUUUGGUUAGAACAAGGAAAACCAUUCUUAGCUUAUGAAUUUUUGUGGUUGGAACAAGAUAAAAAGGAAGCAAAGUCAACAAAUCGUGAAUGGAUGAUCAAUAUUACAGGAAUUUAUGUCGUGGAUCAGUUCCCGAAUCUACUUGAAGUGUUUCUAGGCGGGAGUAAUUUGAAUGAAUUUGAAACAUUUAGCGACAGUAAAAUUACAGAAGACUGCAUGUGGUUGCUAGAGAAAUCUUUAAGCAAAUCACUUCCAAAACCAAAAGCAAUGACAAGAACUAAGUGGCUUACAAAUGACAAUUUUUUGGGUGCUUAUUCAUAUGGCUCAAUGGAUGCAGAAAAAGCAAAUAUUGGACCAAAAGAUAUCGCAGAAUCAAUUUUGAAUGCAGACGAGUCUCCAAUUUUGCUUUUUGCUGGCGAAGCUACUGAUGAAAAGUAUCCAAGUAUGGCUCAUGGUGCUGUUAGGAGUGGAUUCAGAGCUGCAGAUGAAAUUGUUAAGUUUUAUGAAUAAAAUUAGGAUCACGUGUGGAGACUUAAGCUGUGUGAGCUAGACUAAUGAGUAGCAGAAAAAUGCAGCUUAAAAUAUUUUCUAAUCAUAUGCAUGUGUUGGUUUGGUAAUCAGAAUGUUCUUUCAUUAAUAAAGUUAAUUAAAGACUCCUCACAGAUUUGUAAUUAAUAACAAGAUGUUUAUUGUUCGAUAAUUAGAAACAGAUUAAAUACAGGCAUUAAAGGGGUUUACAACUGUUCAAGGGGAAAUAAACUAAUUAUAGUUGCAUACAUAAUUUGAAUAUAAAAUGACCGUUAAUAUAUUCUCAACAGCAUGUCUUGUUUCGACUUUAUUAAAACUAUCAGACACUGAUCUAGGCUAACAAUAGCAAUCGAAGAAAAUGAACAAAUCCAAAGAAUUCGUUUUAUGUAAAACCAGUUGAGUUUUUUGAUUGAAAUUGAUAUUUUGGUUGAGUUGAAUGUAUUGCAGGAUAUCCACAGUUUUUAUAUAGAAGCUUAAUAUUCUAUCAUGCUUCAUUUCCUUUUGCACAUUAGAUGACGAAAUUAUGAGGUUUGCUCGAAACUCUAAUUCCAUUUCUUAUCUAGUUUACAUGUUUUUGUACAGACAAUGCCUCAACGAUCUUCCUCCAUAUAAAAAGUAAAUGGUCAGCCUCCAAAAUUAAGUAUUUUAUAAGCUUGUUAUCUUUUUCGCCAGAAAUUCGAGCUAAAAAUAAAUCAACAGCAUUCAAGUUUGGUGAAAAAUAAUUUAAGACAGAUACUCAAUCUUCUAAUUCAAAUCCCCGGCAAGAUAGCAGUUUGCCUUUAUUUUCGUGAUGAUGGUUCAAGAACUUGAAUGAAGAUGUGUCAAGUAACACAAUAAAAUGACAUCAAUAUUCAUAGUUCCCCGCAUGAUAUGCUUCCCCUAGCAGAAAUUUACUAGCAAUUUCUUAGUAAUUUACUGGAUAACCUUCUAUUUGCUACUUGCUAUUUACUAGUCAAAAUCCAAGUUCAAAUCUUCGCCAAAGACCCGAAUUUUCACUUGCUAAUUGACUAGUCAAUUCGCUUACAAUUUAUCUAGUAAUUUACUAGCAAAUUUUUGAAAAAAUUAAAUGAAUAUAACCGUUGAUUUCCACGUGUUCUUUUGAUUUUUCUUAUUUGUGUAAAUUAUUGUAAAAGUAUUAGUGUGUACUUAAUUAAAGUACACUAACACUAUGAAAAAAGUGAAAGACUUAAUUUAAUUAAGUCGAACAUUGAUUAACGCCCAUGACUCGCACGCAAACCUGAGGAAGAUAAAUAAUUAAUUGAGAGUCAUAUACACGACGAUUUUUUUUGGCGAUUUUUCGUAAGAUUCGAACUUAAGCAGAUUUGAUCAAACAUUUUACAUGGUAAUUUCCUAGUAAUUUGCUAGUAAGUAGCAAGUGUAAUUUAUUAACAGUAA